UGCUAGCCCUCUUUGCAUCGAGGAGUUCGAUCUCUCCGACCGGAACUUCCGACCAUGUCCGUGUGGCUAUCAGAUCUGCCAGUUCUGCUUCAACAACAUCCGGACAAACAUGAACGGUCUGUGCCCGGCAUGCCGGCGCCCGUACGACGACAAGACUAUUCAGUGGAAAGUUGUGACGCAGGAGGAGAUUGCCGAGUUCCGAGCGAAUAUCCAGAAAAACCAAAAGAAGCGUGCUGCCGAGCAGCGCCAAAAGGAGGCACAGAAACGCGAGGCCGAGAAGGAGAAUCGCAAGAACCUCGUCGGCGUUCGGGUCGUCCAGAAGAAUCUGGUUUAUGUGACUGGAUUAACACCAACCGUUCGCGAAGACGAGCUGCUCAAGACUCUGCGCAAACCCGAAUUCUUCGGCCAAUACGGCAACAUCCUGAAGAUAUCCAUCAGCAGCCGCAAGGGCAACGACGGCCAAAACCAGUCGCUCGGCGUCUACGUCACAUUCGAGAAAAAGGAAGACGCCGCGCGCUGCAUCCAGGCAGUUAACGGCUCCCAAAACGGCGACAGGGUGCUCAGAGCUCAGCUGGGGACAACCAAGUAUUGCUCUGCUUGGCUUCGACAUGAACAGUGCACGAAUCGGCAGUGCAUGUUCUUGCACGAGUUGGGCGAUGAGGAGGACAGCUACAGCCGGCAGGAUCUGUCUUCGAUGAAUAGCAUCAACUCGCAGAGGCCUAUCCCAAACGCUGGCACGUCUCGUUCUGCUUCGAGGCAGCAAGCUCACCCCUCCCCUUCCCCUGCCGUCGCGCAGCCCAUGGCGAGAAGCUCUAGCAAGGACGGGUCCGACAAUGGCGACGGGCCCGCGCUUCCUGCCUCGGCAAACUGGGCGCGUAAUCCGCAGGUCCGCAGCCGGCGGGGCAGCUAUGCCACCAGCGGUGCCGCUCCCAGUCCGGCUAUCUCGAACUCGCUGCCGGCAACUGCCGAAUCCGCCGUUGAAGAAACACAACCCGAAUCCUCGACCGCCGGGCCUUCGGCUCGUGCUGCCCCGGCCGCGGGCCAGUCAAAGUCCGUCAGUACCGUGAUCGAGAAGGCGAAGCAGAUCCCCCAGGACGCUCUCAAAUCGCUACUCAAGUCUCUCGAGGGCUGCUCGCUCGCAUGGCCCAAGCCUGGAGGCGAUUUGCCACCCGACGAGUUCAACAAACUGUAUCCACCGCUCUUUGAUACCCGUGGCGGGAUGCGGCGGCGCGCUCAACGGGCGGCCGAGGAGAGCAGCAGUGUCGGCGACCAGCAGUCGGGCGGCGUUCGCGAGCCCUCGGAAGGCGAACCGGAGAGCAGCGGUAGUCUCGCGCUAGGCGGAGAGCCCGAGGACCGCGAUCAUGGCCGUGACGGCACCGGCUUCGAUCCGCGUCGCGUUGCCCAGCCGCCUAUCCAACGGGGUGGCACGGAUGGGCUCUUCAGCCAGGCGGUCGGGUCGGGCUUUGCUCAGACGGCUGCGAGCCUGGGGUCCAUCGGGAGCCGCACGAUGACGCCUCAACAGCCAACGUACAUGCGCCAGCCAGGUGCUUUCGUCGACCACCUCUCUGCGCAGGCGAACUUGUUCCAGGGCCAAGGUCACAAUCGCCAGGGUUCUCGCUUCAGCUUCGCCAACGACGGCAGAGACGCCGCCUCGGCCACGUCUGUGAAGUUGGCGGCGAACCCCCGCAUCAUGGCGCAGCAGGCCUCGAUGAUGCCUUCGUCUUUCCCCAACCAGCCCACCGGCCAGUACUACACCACUUCCAUGCCCGGACCGCCGCCGGGCCUCAAGUCGACCGGCACCACGCCCGGCGUGUUUGGACAGCACGGAUUCGGCUCGGCCGGUUUCGGCGGCAUGUCCAAGGACACCAACGAGAUGCUGCAGAUCUUGCGCGGUCGGGGGGCUGGCUCCCAGGCUCAUGACGCCGGAAAGCUAGAUCUUGCGGACCCGAGUAUCUUGCAGGCGAGAAUGCAGUCCCAGCAGCACAUGCAGCAACAGGGCAAUGCCGGCCUGGCCCAGGGACUGUUCAGUGGUCAGUCGCAAGAUGACGGCCUCCCAUCACUGGACGAGGUGAGAUCGAGCAUAGAUGCUCUCGUUGCCGACGAACCUAUCGACACAACCAUCCGCCUACCUUCCAGUGCAUUCGAGUCCCUGGGUCGCUCGGGCACCCCAUCGGUUCCGCCCGGCUUCUCCUUCCCGAGCGCGCAUCCAUCGCCCGCAAUCUCACACUCGUCCCUUCCGGCGACAAGUGUUGGGCGCCAAACGCCUCCAGUCGCACUGCCAAAGGUUCCGGUAAAACCGGCCGCUCCUGUUUCGAGUCCGCUCAUCAAGAAGGCCGUCGCGCCGUCCGUGCCCGAGGCCAAGAAGGCUGUGAAAGCGCUUGCCGCCGAGAGCGGGCUGUCGAAGGACAUCGCCAAGGCGAAGUCGCAAAAGAUUUUGCAAGACGAAGACUUCCCAGCCCUCAGCUCGCCCAAGCCUCAGGCAGCAGCCACGCCGGCCGUUCAGCCCAAGGCAGCGGCAAACAAAGCUGCUGCGUCGAGCAGCAAGAAAGCUGCAGAAAAGCCGGCGGAGAAAGCGAAAGACAAAGGAAAGGGGAAGGCCAAGGAGAAGGAAGAGUCUGCGCCUGCGUCAGCUCCCGUAGCUGCACCGGCGCCCGCGUCUGAGCCUGAAAAGAACAAGGCGCCGAAGCUGGAGACUAAACCUCUGGGGAAGGCUGCCGAGAAGAAGCAGGAGAAUCGUCCGGUCCCUGGCAUCCUGAACAUCGCGGCGGCAACCAAAGCGGCACAAAGCAAGAAUGUUGAGUCACAGUCGGCGACUGCAACAGACAAAAGCGCGGCAGAUCGCGAGUCUGCUUUCCCGGCUCUCCCGGCGCCCACGCCUGUCUCUGUCUCGUCUCCGCUCACCCGGGCGGCUCCGAAGACGCUCAGAGUAGUGUCCACGCCCAAGACGACGGAGCCGCCGACGACUCCGGUCCAGGCGAUUCCUGCUGUGAGGUCGGUAGCGGCUGCAGCCAUCCGCCCCGAGACGCCCCUGAGCGAGUUGAUCUCGGACAGCGCCUCUAUCAUAUCAGCCUCCAUCUCGGCCUCGCGGACAAAUUCUCCUCCCCCCACCAAGGUUGGCUCCGCGCCGGUCCGCACGACCACCAAGAGCCAGCAGCGUAAGCAGCGCAAAGAGGCCCUGAAGAAGGAGUCUGCGACCAUCGCCGCGCAGCCGGUCAAGGCCGAGCCGGCUGUCGAGAUCGGCCCCAUCGUUGGCCGCAAGAAGAAGCAGAAGAAAGAGAAGGAGAAGCCGAGCAGCAUGAAUGCAACUCCCGUUGCGAGCCGUCCCGAGACGCCGCUAGCGAUCCAUCCGCCGUCGGCCAAGGAGGCCAAGGAGGCUGCCGAGGCCAAGGAGGUCAAAGAGGUCAAAGAGGAAUCGUCGGCUUAUCGGUCGACCGCCAACGAGACUACCACACUGACUGGCGAGCCGUCGGUGCAGAAGGGAAGGCAGGGCGACGUGAAGAACACCGGCGAAAAGCCGGAUUCGUCGACGCCGCGAACUCUGCCAAGCCCGGCCUCAGUUCUUCGCGAGUUGCAAGCAGCCGGCUUGGUGUCCGACUCGGUCGACAGCCUGGCGCUCUUCAAGCCCGUCAACGUGCAACUCGACAAAUCGCGGAAUGACGCCCACACUGCCGGCCUUCGGGACCAGGCCGCUAAGAACAUGACGUCGACCAAGUCCAUCGUCACCGAGGACGAUCAGGCAUCGCUGCUCGCGGGCAAACCGGUGCGGAAGGUCAUGGACGGCACACGGAUCCUUCUCACGCCGAACGGGGACUGCAUUCGCAACCUCAGCCCGGAGGAGGAAGACCGCUUCCUGGAGCUCCAACAACGUGUCGCCGAAUCGACCGCAAGCCCGGCCGCUUUCGUCCCGUCGCGUCACGAAGCCGGUGGCGGCUUCAGCCUCAUCAAGGGCCGCGCCGUGCCCAAUGGCCCGCCCAGCUACUUCCCGCCCGCGCCCGGCGCCUAUCCCUCGGACCCUGUCAACAAGAUCCAGCGCGAGGAGGCCAUCUACUACAUCAACCAGUAUGUCCUGCCCCGGCUGAACCUCAAUGCUAGGGACAUGAGUCUGCCCAAGGCCAUGUCCUCGUGGACAACCGACCCGCGUGGCACUGUCCCGGCCAACCUCAGCUCGGUCGCGCCCUGGCUGUACGGCGGCAUCGGCGGACCCAGCGCGCACGACGCUGUGGAUGCGGGCACCGCGCCCCCGGAGCUCAGCUACCCUGGCCCCGUGGGCGCCUUCGCCGACGACCUGCCUCCCCACCAGCAUCAUCACCAGCAGCUGAACGCUGCCUCUUCCCUCCCGAGCAUUCCCUCCUCCGGGCACGACGACUUCGGCGAUCUCAACGCCCAGCUGCCCACCGUGGAAGAAGUCUUCGGCUCCGCGAAGCCCCACCACCAUCAUCACCACCACCACCACCAUCACCACCAUCACCACCACCCUAAUCAGCAGCAGCAGCAGCAGCAGCAGCAGCAGCAGCAGCAGCAGCAGCAGCAGCCCCCGCCGCCCCCGCCUCCCCCGGCCUCCGCGGCCGCCACCGCAGCGAUCAACCUCACCUCCUCGCCCAGCCCGUUCGGCAACGUCCCGCUGAUGUCGCUCGAGGACGCCGAGCAGGCGCUGGCCGCCGCGCGCAAGGAGACGGAGAAGCUGGAGAAGAGCCUCGCGCAGCUGAUGCGCAAGAACAAGCGCUUGUUGAUGGCGGGAAGCAACAACAACAACAACACCGGCCAUGCCGCUGCUGCUACUGCUACUGCCGCGGUUGGGGUUAGUGUUGGUGCUGGCGGUGGAGGAGGAGGAGGGGGCGCGCAUUGACUAGCCUGGGCGUCGGGUACACCUGCACCUGCACCGCCGCCGCGGCGCACAUCGGCGUCAGCGUCGGCCUCGCCAUCCGCAUCGGUUGAGCGGGCACGAAGAAGAGGAGGAGGAGGAGAAGGAGGAACAAGAGGUGCGGGGGGAGGAGGACUGCUGGGACGGCGGGAGCGGGACGCGGUCUCGGCCGUCGCGCUGGCGCGCGUGCUGCGCGGGCUAAGCAG